AUGCCUAUCCUUCGACUUGUCCGUCCCGCCCAGGGAGCUUUACUGCGCGCCUCCAGACUGCCUGUGAGCAGGGUACGAUGGGCGAGCUCAGUGUCGCAGCCUCCAGGCUCGGACCAUGUUCGAUUUCCGGGCGCGGUAAACAGCAAGUUCACAUCAGAUAUGUCCUUUGUCACUCCGGCCGCAAACCCAGCUAUUCCUACCUACAGAGUGAUGGACUCCGAGGGUGUGAUCGUUGACAAGUCGAGAGGGCCGCCAGACGUCACGGACGAGGAGGUGAUCACUUGGUACAAGAACAUGCUGUGCGUAAGUAUCAUGGACAUGAUCAUGUUCGAGGCACAGAGGCAGGGCCGCCUGAGUUUCUACAUGGUUUCCGCAGGAGAAGAAGGUAUUGCAGUUGGAUCAGCAGCAGCCCUGUCCAAGGAUGAUGUCGUUUUCUGCCAGUACAGAGAAACUGGCGUCUUCCAGCAGCGCGGAUUCACCCUGAAGCAGUUUAUGAGCCAGCUCUUCGCGAACCGUAAUGACUCCGGAAAGGGUCGUAAUAUGCCAGUCCACUAUGGAGGCAAGGACGUAAAGACUUACACCAUCUCAUCCACCCUUGCAACUCAAAUCCCACACGCUUCUGGUGCUGCAUACGCUCUGAAGAUGAAGGCCCUCCAGGAUCCCAACGCAGAGAAACAGGUAGUCGCCUGCUAUUUUGGUGAAGGAGCCGCUAGUGAAGGAGAUUUCCAUGCCGCCCUCAACAUUGCUGCCACACGCUCCUGUCCAGUCAUCUUCAUCUGCCGUAACAACGGCUAUGCCAUCUCCACACCAACCCUCGAGCAGUACCGAGGUGACGGUAUUGCCAGCCGUGGUAUCGGUUAUGGCAUUGAUACCAUCCGUGUUGACGGAAACGAUAUCUUCGCUGUCCGUGAAGCUACACUCGAGGCUAGAAAGCGGGCUCUCGAGGGUUCAAUGCGCCCUAUCCUGAUUGAAGCCAUGAGCUAUCGUAUCUCUCACCACAGUACCAGUGACGAUAGCUUUGCCUACCGCGCCCGCGUCGAAGUCGAGGACUGGAAACGCCGUGACAACCCGAUCUCCCGUCUUCGCAAGUGGAUGGAGAACAAGGGUAUCUGGAACGAGGAUCUUGACCGUGAAACCCGUGAACAACUCCGCAAAGAUGUCCUUGCUGAGUUCGCCGCCGCCGAGCGAGAGAAGAAGCCUGCCCUGAAGGAGAUAUUCACCGACGUUUUUGAAGAGCUUACUCCUGAAGUUCAGAAACAGAGAGAAGAGCUGAAGCGUAUUAUUGAGAAGUACCCCAAGGAGUAUGACGUUAGCGAGUUCGAGGGCGGCCUGAAGGGAUUGUAG